AUGGGCUCCAGGGGCCACAGCUCGCUGUCGCUGGUUCCAGUGCUGCUGCUGCUGCUGCUGGAGGUCAACAGCGUCAACAGCCUCCAACAGGAAGAGGAUGAUCUUACGGAUGGAACAAAUGGAGAGAACCACCGGCCCCUACGGCGAUCCAAGAGAAGACGGAUUAUUACCACCCUGGAGCUCGAGGAGGAAGGUCAAGGACCCUUUCCCAAACCUGUUGGGGAGCUGUUCAACGAUAUGUCAUACAUCAUGUCAUUAAUGUAUUUAAUCAGUGGACCUGGUGUGGACACGUACCCGGAGAUUGGUUUGUUCUCUAUAGAAGAUCACAGGAACGGAAGAGUGUACAUUCACUGCCCUGUCAACUGGGAGACCACGCCGUCUUUCAAGGUUUACUUUGACGUCGCGGAUCACCUUACAGGAAAGCUCUUGGAUAAUUCCUUGGUUUUCAACAUUAGGAUCCGUGAUGUGAAUGAUCACGCACCCCAGUUUCCUGAGAAGGAAUUCAACAUCAGUGUGAAGGAGAAUCACAUGGCAGGUCAACCUACCUUCAAGGUGUUAACAGCUGAUUCGGAUGAAGAAGACGCUCCAAACGUUCAAGUCCUUCACUUCCUUAUUUCUCAAACGCCGUCGCUGAAAGAAAGCAGCUUCCAGACGGACCCGAUUAGCGGAGAAACACAGCUGUCGGGGUGCUGAGAUUAUGAGACUGCUCCGCGGUUUACGCUGCUUGUUGGAGCGAAGGAUUUGGGAGAACCUCUCUUGACGUCCACGGCCACGGUUCACGUGAACGUGCAAGAAGGCAGCAACCACCGGCCCACGUUCACCCGGGAGAACUACAGGAUUCAGAUUUCCGAAGGCCGCACAAGCCCGAGUGUGUUACGUCUCCCGGUCCGAGAUGGGGACUUGCUGUUUACGUCAGCCUGGAGAGGAAGAUGUCACAUACUGAAUGGCAACGAAGAGGGACAUUUUGACAUUCUAACUGACCCCGAGACCAAUGAAGGGAUUUUAAAUGUGAUCAAGCCCUUGGAUUAUGAAACACGCCCUGCACGAAGCCUCGUCAUCGCCGUGGAGAACGAGGAGCUGCUUUUCCCCUGCGAGGGGGCCGGGUCUGGGGGCCCGGGGUGGGGGGUGGCGGCCAGCACCACUGUGAGCAUGCAGGUGACGGACGCCAACGACCCGCCAGCCUUUCACCCCUGGAGCUUUGUCGUCGGCGAGGUCGAUGGCGCCGGGCCUGGAAUUCGGCGGGGAGUUUUCAGUGCUGCAGAUCCAGACAGGGCGUUGCAUGUGUUUCCUUCUUACGACCCAGCCAGUUGGGUGACCGUUGAUGAGCUCUCAGGAACAGUUACCACCACGCAGCAAAUCGACUGAGAAUCCCCUUAUGUAAAUCACAGCUUUUACAUAAUCAUCGUGCAGGCUGUUGACGAUGGCCUCCCGCCGCAGACCGGGACGGGGACCCAGAUGCUUUUCCUGUCUGCCGUCAACGACAACGGCCCCGCUCUCCAUCCCCGUUCUCGGUACGUGGAGGUCUGCGAGUCUGCGCUGAGUGAGACCCUCCUUCUCCAGGCCGAGGAUGCCGACCUGGAGCCCUAAGCCGACCCCUUUACGUUUGAAUUGGACAACUCGUGGGAAAGAGCAGGAGACACAUGGAAGCUGGGGGAAAAUCGGGUUCAUCAGAGACAAGCAGGGACUUUCCAGAAGCCGACUGUCCACGCAAGGGUCUGUUCCUGUCCCAGCGGAGGCACGUGUGUGGAGCCCUCAGUCGUGGUCACAGGAACUGGGCUCCUCAUGGGCGCCCUGGCCCCUGCCUGUGCCGCGCUCGUGAUGCUGGCAGAGAGGAUAAAACUCAACCAGCAGAUGGGCUGUGCACCAAAGACGACGCGCCCAGGGAAGCUCCCGCCCUCCUCCGGACACAAGGUGGUCAGUGGGUACCUGAAGGCUGUCAGGCCGCUCCUGCUGACACUGACCUUGCCGUGUGUCCUCACGGCAGCCCUGGGCUGGGGUCAGCCGGGCAUCCAGAGGAAGGCACCGCAGCUGAGCCUGGAGGAGCCCACUGGGGACGUGGCCUCCCUGAGCAGCGUCCGUGGGCACAGCUGCAGCAGAAGAGGUCGUGAGGAUGCCCGGUGCUGUUCUCGUCGUCCGGGCGCCCACUGGCUGUGUCCUGGGGCCGAGGAAGCCGCUGGAGAAGCAGAGGGUGUGGAAGGGAAGCCUGGUCCUUGCAGGGGAAGGCCAGAUGUCAGGGACCAGGCGCCAGUCCUGGUGCUCGAUGCCGCUGAGGCUGGGGCAGAGCUGGGCACUAAGCUGACGCAGCGCUGUGAGGGCAAGGUCGUGUCACCCGACUGUGCGACACGUGGUGGCAGAAGACCGGCCGCCAGAGCAGGAAACGUGGGCUCAGGGACGUUGCUCCAGGUGGUCAGCGACAAGGACGCAGACCCAAGGCCGGGCUUGGCGGGCUCAUGGCAGACCCCGGCUCCUCGAACGACCACCCCCAUCUCGGAAGGACACGUAGACCCCCUCGACCCCCCAUCGAAGCUCCGUGGCCUGGACGCACUGGCAGGUGACACUGGGGACGCGCCGCACAUCUACGCAGAGCAGGGAGAGUGUGAAGGAGCAGAAAGCCUCAGCUCUCUGGCCGUCUCAGAGCCCGACGGGGACCCCUGGGCUUCACAGGCCGCUGCACUCCUUGGAACCACCGAUCUGAAGGCCAAGAAGCAAAGUGUGGCAACUGUGCACGGGUAUGUGGGCGACCAGAGGGUAGGCGGUAGCUGA